AUGUCCGUGAAAUCCAAAACCGCGUCCGUCCGCUCCGUCUCCCUCGCCAGCAAAGACCGUCUAUCCUUCCUCAACCGCGUCCCGGACGAAGACGCCCAGCUCAUCCGCUCCUACAACCCAGGCCAAAAGAACCUCGCCGAGCUCAACGAGGAAAUCCGCGCCCUGGAGCUGGAACGCGCAAACCGUGCCCGGGAACACGAAUUACGCGGUUUCAAAGACGAACUGAAAGCCCGCGAGGAAUUCGCUCUUGCGGAUCAGUACAGGCAUCGCCAUCAUCACCAUCAUCAUCACGAUAGAGCAGGGGAUCUGGCGCUUUAUGAUGGGACGAGGGGAAGGCCGAGGAUCGUAGAGGAUGAAGUGAUGCUGUUUGAUCGGGAGAGGAGUAGACGAAGGAGUCAUGACGAUGAAUUGGUGGUUUAUGAUCGGUAUGGUCGGAAGAGGUAUUACAAGCGAACCAAGAGUCCGCCAAAGAAUGUGGUGCGGGUGGAGAAGGAUCGGAGGGGGAGGUUGUCGCUUGUGAAGUCUACGCACUGA